CAAAGACCUCGCGUUGUUGAUACAAAAUGUACCUAAAGCUUGAAUGUAUAUAGUUUUGUGAGAAAUAGAAAUAAUGAAAUUAUACUAUACAGUCGUCCAACGUUCUUGAUGUGUCCCAAACGAAUACACGACAAUCGGGACGCACUGCUUUGUACUAAAAAAUAUAACUACAUUAUUUUUAAAUCAUAUUCAUUUUUAAAUUGUGACAGUGCAUAAAAGUGCAUACCAAUAAAUAAUUUAUUUACAUCACUUUAUAACAAAAUGGAAUCAUGCACAAAUGAAGAUCUUGAUGCAAUUAUAGAGACAAACUUAAAUUCUGAGCAAUUGAAACAAUUCAAUAGAAUAUUUUAUGGACAGGAAGAUCAUUGUGAAUUGAAAUUAAGACUCUCGACAUUAAUGGCAAGUAAAAAUGAAAAUUUCCAAGUUUGUGGAUAUUCCUUUGCAGCGUCCAAAGAAGAGGCCAGAUCGCCAAGGAUAUUAAAAUUUGGGUUAGUGCAGCAUUCAAUUGUUUUACCUACACAUAAACCUUUAAAAGAGCAAAGAGACGCUAUUUUCCAAAAAGUUGGUAAAAUAAUAGAUGUUGCCGCAUCGGAAGGCGUUCAAAUUAUUUGCUUGCAAGAAGUAUGGUCGGCACCUUUCUUCCUCUGUACCAGAGAGAAAAAUGAAUGGAUAGAAUUCGUAGAAUCUCCAACUGAUGGGCCAAGCAUACAGUUUCUGGCGCCGCUGGCGAAAAAAUACAGUAUGGUAAUUAUUUCACCUAUUUUGGAACUAGAUGAAAAUAAUGUGUGGUGGAACACAGUCGUGGUUAUCAAUGAAAAUGGUAAAGUUAUGGGUAAACACCGUAAAAAUCACCUCCCUAGUGUGGGCAGCUUCAGUGAAACAUCUUAUUAUUCUCCAGGAAACACUGGUCACCCAGUAUUUGAUACUAAAUAUGGAAAAAUCGCAAUAAACAUUUGUUAUGGUCGACAUCAAGCACUGAACUGGUUGAUGUUUGCUCUUAAUGGCGCCGAAGUGGUGUUCAACCCUGCAGCAACUAUUUCAGAAUUUGGGGAAUCCUUUUGGGGUAUUGAAGCUCGCAAUGCUGCUGUAGCUAACAGUUACUUUACUGCUGGUAUCAAUCGAGUGGGCACAGAAGUGUUUACUGUAAAAAAUAAAUAUGAGGAAAAGCAAAUUUCUAGAACAUAUUACGGUUCAAGCUAUGUGACCGCUCCAAAUGGAGUUAGAACUCCCAGUCUUUCAAAAUGUAGUGAUGGACUCCUUAUAGCCGAAGUAGAUUUAAACUUAUGCAGACAAGUAAAAGAUCACUGGGGAUUUAAUAUGACUUCUCGAUUAGAUAUGUAUGCGAAAGAAUUAAACGCUGUAAAGUAAGAAAUAAAUGAACUUUUCUGGA